AUUUGAAAUCAGAACGUAAAAUAACAAGAAAAUGGUUUAUCCUCGCAGCGAUGGUGAAUGUGUGACGGUGCUGAGUAUAGAUGGAGAAGUCCAAGGAAUUGUUCCUGCAGUCUUGCUUAAUUUCCUUGAAGAUCAGCUCAAGGAAGUUGAGAAGGAAAAUGGGGGGAAUCCUGAGGAUGUAAGAAUUGCAGAUUACUUUGAUGUGAUAGGGGGAACAGGAACAGGUUCUCUGGUAGCGGCCAUGUUAACCAAACCAAGCAUGCUUCAGCCGUCACGACCUCAAUAUGACAUGUCCGACAUCAUCUCUUUCUUGAGAGAAAUAAGCAGCAGCAACACCUUCCCCGAUAAGGAUGAGCAGAACAUAAUCGUUAGAGCUGUCAACUUGGCAUGCGGUGCUUUUGGUUUGCUUGCUUCAACAGUGAGCAGUAUUCUUGAUCCAAGCAAGAAAUUUUGUACUACUUUUGAGGAAUUUUGGCGAAGAAAUUGGAAAGCAGAUACAUAUCCUGCAGAAGUGUUCGAUGAUCAGUUGAAAAGCAAGCUCGAUAAUACUCGGCUCGACCAGACACUGAGCGAUAUUGUUGUCCCAGCUUACCACUUUGACAGCAGACGGCCUCUGGUUUUUUCUACUAGUCAGGCCAGGAAACUUCAUGCAAACUUUAAUGAGGAAGUAACCCUGAGAGAUGUUGUUCUAAGCUCUUCAGCUAUCCCAACUAUUUUCCCUCUCCAUUCUUUCAAGUACUCGGGCAAAUUUGGAACAUUCGCUGAUGCCAACAUUGUAGCCGACAAUCCUACCUUGCUUGCCCUGAGUGAAGGAACAAGACUUUAUGGCAGUGGACCAAACUACAAAAAUUAUCUGGUACUGUCCUUGGGGACUAUCAAGCGAAGAGCUCCACCUUGUGACAUUAUAGUCAUCCCAAGCGCACUUCUAGACUACAUUUCAAAAAGAAUUUGGAAGGGCAUGAAGGCCCGAGUCUUGCAAUACAUGCACAUUUUCUUUGGUGAUAUCAUACAAAUGUACACGACGCAGAUGCUGCCUAGCCAGCUGCAUGAGGGCCUACUCAACUAUCUACGAAUCCAGAAAUUGAUGAACCAACCAGUGGGUUUCUGGAAUUGAAGAGAAUUGCCUAUGACAUUUUGAAAAGAAAUGCUACUUACGUAGACCCAAGUACUGGAGCCCAUGCAGAACAGGAUUUCAGUAACGAAGAAGCUCUGAAAACGUAAUAACAUGAUCCUGCCUUUUCAGUUAUUUGUCCUUCAAGCUUACUAUAUUAUAUUGGAUGUCCUCGCAGAUUUGCUCGACAAUUGCAUGCUGAAAGGCAGAGGAGGUUUCUCAACCAGCAGGAACAAUACGGUGGUAACUAUAUAAAUAAAUAAACAUCUAAAUAAUGAUCAACUCAAUUAGCAUUUUUUUCUUCUAAUAAAGCCGGCGAGCGAUGAACAAUGCUCGAAUCUGGUUUACUUGUAUUUGCUAUGCUCUCAUAUCUAAGUAAUUCUUUUUUAUAUAAAAAAAAUCUUAUGUCGUUCAUGGUAUGCUAUAUCAUAAAUUAAUACUCAUGAAAAGAGAAGUCAUUAGUUUCUAUUCUCA